CAUCGACACCAUGAGGCUUCAUGUCUCUCACUGAACCGGGGAAUGGACCGAAGGAAUCAGUUCUGUAAUUGGGCUGCAAUAUGCCGUCUAGGGUAUCAAUCCUAUCUGUGAUGGUCCGAGAAUCGAAAGGCGCCUUUAAAUGGGUUCCUCGUAAAAUCAGGAGAUCGAUUCUUUUCGUUUUAACCGCAGUUCUGUUUGUCGUGACCGCUAGAUAUUUCUUCGGAAAAGGCUCUGCCCAGGGUGAACUCAAUCAAUUGGCUUCAAACAUGGAAAUACGGUACGAAGUGCUGAAUAACCUGAUCAAGGUUCCUAAUGGAUCAAGUCCCGUAUUUCUGGCACAAAUAACUCUGACUAACAGAGGGAGUUCACCCAUCAAACAUGGCAAUUGGUCUGUGUACUUCUGUAGUAUUCGCAUGGUGGAAUCACAACAUUUGAAGCAUAACCCUUUGGGUUAUGUAAUCCCAGGGGACAGCGGAAUCAAAUUUACCCAUGUUGACGGGUGCCUUACCAAAUUCGAGACAACGAGUGACUUUAAGGAGAUAACAACCGGCGAUUCUCUGACAUUCAAAUUCAAGGCAGAUGCAUGGUCCGUUGCGCGUACUGACGUCAUGCCAAGUUGGUUCAUAACCGCUGAAGGUUUGAGCCCGCGAGUAAUUACGAACACAGACGACGAAGAGCUGAAUUUUGUUGGAAACUUUGACACCAAAGAAAAAUGGAAGCGUUCCACUAAAGAUGUAUACAACCCGUACACGCCGAAACAACGUUACGAAAAAGACUUUGUUUCGGAUUUAAAGAGUGCCCCCUAUGACGUCAUUCCAACCCCUGUCUCAAUCACACUGGAUGAAGAGGAUGGCGUAACUAUUACGUCACAAUGGACAGUGUACAUUCAAGCAGGUCUAGAGAACGAAGCUGCCCCUCUGAAAGACAAGCUCGGUCUCAAGGUCUCAACUUCUACACCAAGAGACACUAAAGCUAUCAAACUCCUCAAGGGAGAUAUUUCUGUGCCUGCAAAAGACGGUCAGCAGUUUCCAAGCCCAGAUGAGUCGUACAGUCUCGAAGUAGACUCUUCUAAGGAACUCAUCGCCAUCACAGGCAAGGGCCCAGCGGGUGUAUUCUAUGGCGUGCAAACCCUUUUGGCGUUAAGGAACUCAAAAGGCAGGGUCCCUAAAGUGUCCAUUAAGGAUGCACCAAGGUAUUCUUAUCGCGGUUUACACUUGGAUGUGGGCCGUAAUUUUGUAGCUAAGGAUCACGUGCUCAAGUUAUUGGACACCAUGGCGAUGUACAAGCUUAACAAGUUUCAUUUCCAUCUCACUGAUGAUGAAGGAUGGAGACUGGAGAUUCCUGGAUUCCCCGAACUUACAGAGGUGGGAGGUCAGCGUUGUUUUGAUUUGCAAGGUACCCGGUGCAUCUUACCGCAACUCGGCUCAGGUCCCGACUCGUCCAAUUCGGGAUCAGGCCACUAUGGGGUCAACGAAUACAAAGAGAUACUUGAAUACGCAAAAUCUCGUCAUAUUCAGGUCAUCCCCGAAUUUGAUAUGCCAGGACACGGAAAUGCCGCCAUUAAAGCAAUGGAGGCACGAUAUCACAAAUUAUUAGCCCAGGGAGAUAAGGCAGGAGCCGAAAAAUAUCUCCUAUACGACAUGAAUGACACAUCGCAAUAUCUUUCCGUACAACACUAUACAGGCGAUGCCAUUAAUCCCUGCAUGGAGUCCACGUACACUUUUGUAUCCGAUCUAGUUAAAGCUGUCGUUAGCAUUCAUUACGAUACACAGCCGCUGACCAUUUUCCACUUCGGCGGAGACGAGGUGGCACAUGGUGCUUGGACCAAUUCCACCCAGUGUGAGAAACUUGUGCAGAGCCUGGGACUCGCUAAAUCUGGAGGUAAAAUGGUGGACAAGUUGAAAGAAUAUUUUGUUCAGCGCGUCUCCAAUAUAACUGCCGAUCACAACCUUGAUCUUGCGGGAUGGGAAGAUGGCCUGAUGAGCCAUCAAAAUGAGCCGUACGAUAGGAGGUUGAUAAAGAACAAUCGAGUGUAUGGUUACACAUGGAACAAUAUUUGGGAGUGGGGAAGUGGUAAACGAGCGUAUGAACUAGCAAAUGCGGGUUAUCAGGUGAUCAUGUCCCAGGCUACUCACUUGUAUUUUGACCACCCUUACGAACCUGACCCGGAAGAGCGUGGAUUCUACUGGGCGACGCGCUUCACGGACACUCAAAAAACGUUUGGUUUUCUUCCGGAUGACUUAUAUGGGAAUAUAGAAACUAAGCGUAGCGGUGAACCGCUCACCAAAGAGGAAGUGUGUGAGAAUACUGCCGAUUGUCCAGACUUGAAGAAAAAAGAUAAUAUUGUAGGAAUGCAAGGCCAUCUGUGGACAGAAACAGUAAGAACCUCCGACCAAAUGUACUCCAUGAUAUUUCCUCGUUUGUUGGCACUGGCGGAACGUGCUUGGCAUAAAGCAUCAUGGGAAAGGAUCGCUGACAAAAAGGAGAGAGAUGCCAAAAGGAAGGAGAACUGGAAAGAGUUUGCGAACAAAGUCGGGUACAGGGAACUGGGUCGACUUGACAAGAUGGGGGUGGCUUAUCACGUGAAACCGCCUGGAGUACGCGUUGACGACGGCAAAGUGGAAAUUACAAAUGCAUUUCCAGGACUUAAAUUCCAGUAUUCAGUUGAUGGCGAAUCGUGGAAAAAUGUUGAAGAUGUUUCCAAAUUAGGAGGAAAAAUUUAUCUACGAACAAGUUCCGUGGACAGCCGACAUCAUAGCAGAACAGUUCUGAUAAAUUUCCCAAAUCCUGUGAACUGUUCUCAUUUAGUGACUUCGCAUCUUUCCAUUCUCGUUGGCGUUACCGUAAUUGUGCUAUUUUGGAUGUGGAAGUAGCCAUGGAGAUCAACUUCUGCCUCAUCCCAUCCGCAGGAAAAGAACACUCAGAGUAUGUCAGAAAUUCUUCUUGUGACAAUCAACACAACAGUUUUUUUAUAGACUAAUUACGCCCACUGCAUCAAACAUUUGGUGUGCGUUUUUAUGGAAAGUUAUCAACUCUCAUUUACUAGAAAUAAAUAUUUUCCCCAGGUGUUCCAGUGA